GUCCCUUCGUGCGAAAGAUCAACCCCACACCGGCGCACCGCCUCGGUAUUAGAGUCGCAUGUCCCUUCUUCCUCCGCCGCCGUGCCAGCUAGCUAGGGUUACGGCCACCGGCGCUCCGUGAGGGGCAGGGGUGGUGGAGGCGGCGACGCACGCGCAUGGCCGGAGGCGACGCGUCAUCGGGGGCUGCGCCGGGGCCGGAGACGGCGAGGGAGGCGGAGGUGGACGCGGGGGGCUUCGAGUUCGCCUUCGACAACGAGGCCUUCUCCGACAGGGUCCUGCGGAUAGAGGUCGUCGGCGCUGGCCGGAAGCGCCGCCGUGAAGGUGAUGAUGGAGAAGGUAGUACACCAGUUUUACGAGUCAAGACCAUACAUAUCAGUUCGGUGAUUCUCGCCGCAAAAAGUUCUUUCUUUUUCAAGCUUUUCUCAAAUGGCAUGAAAGAAUCUGGUCAGAGACAGUCAACAGUUAGAAUUGCUGAUUCAGAGGAAAAUGCCUUUAUGGAGCUUUUAUGGUUUAUGUACAAUGGAAGGUUGACACCAACAACUGACUCCACUCUUCUGGUUGAUAUCUUGAUGGCUGCUGACAAAUUUGAUGUCGUUUCAUGCACCAAGCUUUGCGGUCAGCGGCUCAUAGGCCUGCCUAUGACCCUAGAAUCCGCACUGAGGUGCCUAGAUCUCCCAUGUUCCAUUUCAAUGGCAGCUGACCUGUCAGAGGCAGCCAAGAAAUUCCUUGCUAAAAGAUAUGAAAAAUUCCUGUCAACAAAGUUCCAAGAUGAACUGAUGAGAAUUCCUCUCUCUGGGAUUGUGGCCAUCUUAUCAAGGAAUCUCCCCGGGGUUGCAUCCGAAAAAUCCGUUUAUGACUUUGUGCUCAGGUGGGCCGACUUGCAGUACCCAAAUUCAGAAGAAAGACGCAAGAUUUUAAGUUCAAGUUUACUUCCAAUGGUGCCACUAGCGCGUAGCAUGACCAAUGUGAUCCUAAUUGAUCAGCCGUCUUGUAUAAUUAACUUUAGUCUAAAGCGUGAGCACUGCUCUGGGAGCUUCUCAUCAGGAUCGAUGCGCUCGCCACCAUUCUAUUGUGCGGGGCAUGGUUUCUUUCUCUCAGCACACCGUAGAAUGGGGCCGUCCAACUCUUUUGUCCUCAUAAUACAGAAGCUAGAAGACAAGGGCCUAGUAAGGGGGACAUUAGAUUAUGAGAUUGAUGUAAAAACAACACCGUCGCUGGAGUUUACCACCUUGUGGAGGCGCACCACCACCACCGGUUGUAGGCAAGGUUUUGGAUGCAGGCUUCCUUGGCCGGAGGUCAUUCCUGACGAUAGCCCCUUCUUUGUCGAUGACAAACUCCAUAUUCGAGUUCAUGUGAAGAUAACGCUGCAGCCGUAGUGAUGCAUGCAUUAGCCACUAGCGUGAUGUGCUUCAUUCAUGUCCACUUUUGUUUAUGUGAGCGAGGAGAAGCCCCUGUUCUUUUAACAUAUGAACUCGGUGAACAAUGCUCUGCUCUCUUUUGGUGACUGGUAAUGUUGCAAUGUAGCUUCUGAACAUCUAGAGUUUGAUGCUCGAGGUUUCAUUGUGCCACGGACUCUUACCAGACGCAAAACUGUCAAGUUUGCGUGUGAGUUUUG